CUUACGCUACACAGAAACGCUCUCAAAACAAGCAUGGAUAGUGCUGUUGUACACUGGUUAAAAGGCUUUACAGCUGCCAGGCAGUCUAGUUAGGGUUAGGCUACAACUAGGAUAUAUAGACCUACGUUCAAGAAUGGAAAUAGAGGUCGAUAUUAUUGAAUUUCGAGUACCAACAGAGAACAACAAAACUCUCUUUGUAUGGGAUAUCCUCCCGGAUCAUUCUGAAGCCCAUGUUUAUGAAGCUAUUUGGAAUGUCUUCUCCGCCUUCGGAGCUCUUUACCUCGUGAAGGUGUGUCCUAACGCCGCAUUGGCUAAACCAGGAUUCUAUGCCAUGGUGAAGUUCUACUCCGCAGCGCAAGCAUCUAAAGCGCUGAAAGCCACAGACAAGACGUGCCUCUUCCAGCGCUCACCUGUUAAAGUCCGACUGAGCACCAGGGAGAAUUCAGCUUACCAACUCAGUGUCAAGCCUCUUAGCCAUGCCAGAUGCCAGGAACUAGCCAAUCACUACCUGGGGUUCAAUGGGUGGUCCACACAUAUCCUUACAAUGAAGGACUUCUCCAGUUGUAGCAGACCUGGUACUGGCAUUGAUGGCUUGCCAGAGGGUGGCAGUGGUAGCCAGGAGUCGUUCCUGAAAUACGGCUGCAUGGUGGAGGUGACCUUUCCCCAACACGGCACAAGCUGCAGGGGCAUCGGCGUCACCGAGGAGCCCCUGGAUGGAGAUGAACGCCUUGAGGAGGUGCUUCGGAAGAGGGGGAAACUCAAGAAGUGGGCUAGAGACAAAGCAGUGGUCAAUGCCUUUGAGAGAGUCCUUCUCCUUGUUUUGGGCAAUGGGAAAGUGGCGGUUGAGUGUAAAAUUGAUCCUGAUGAAAUUCUCCCUGAUGAUGACAUGGAAGGAAUCAUAAAGGUGAAUGAUAUACCGUGGAGUGAGUAUGAGAAAGAUGGAGUGGAUGAGGAGGACAUCUCUUGGGACUUCAGUCUGCAUGUGGCUGAUUAGCACAGGAAUGUUGAAGACAUGGAGCCUCACCAUCAACCGUGGAUCCCUACCCAGAGCCUUAGCUGAAGGGGCCAGAGAGAGAGAGAGUGGCUCUCUACUUGCGGGGUGUUUUCCUAGCUCAUUCAGUGAAUGAAUGGUAAUAUUGAAUGUGUUGGCAAUUUGUUUGUUUGUUUAUUUAUUUAUUUGUCAUUGUUAGAGUGUACCGGUAAUCUACAUAAUGUUUUCUGACGUGUGUAUCACAAUGUCAAGAAUAAUAAUAAUGAUUUAAAAAAAACUUUCAAUUACUGAGAGUAUGACCAACUUGAGUAUUGGUUGCAUAUUUUGAUGUAUAUGUUUAUUGUAAUUGUAAUAUUAAAAAUCGAAA